AUCUAUUUUCUUUCUCUUUUCUCUCUUUCCUUUCUCUGUCUCUCUCUCAUUCAUGGUGGAUCUUCCCCAGGGUCUUGGCAUCUCCUUUCGAAAAUUCUUCAAAUCCUACAAAGCAUUCUUCAAAAAAUGGCAUUCCAAGGUCAAGAAUGCUAAGAAGAAUACCGAUGUUAUUGAUUCCACCUCUGAAGCUGUUGAUAAUCGACCUUCUAAGGAUCAUGAAGAAGUUAAAAAGGAAGGACCGAGGCCGAUCAAAGGCGUUCAGAGCUUUAGAUAUGGAGGUCGGAGUAUGCGAGAGAAUGAUCCGACGAGUCUCAGGCCUCGAAGCUAUGAUAGCGGAUUCUCUUAUCUGUCCCGAAAUGCAAGCCGGAGAGGUCAAAAUCCGUCGUCGACGUCUCAGUUUCGGAGCAUGAGCCGGAGGAGCUCUGGACCGGUGGCGUCUCGAGUGAGCAGCGGGCGGAGAAGCAUCGAUUCGAUGCCGAUCAUGUUCUCGAAUUCCUCCGGCGUGCUGAAGCCGGCGACGAUCGAGAAGCAGCUCGAGUGCACGCUGGAGGAGCUCUGCUUUGGGUGCAUGAAGAAAAUCAAGGUUACAAGAGACAUCCUCUCGAUCACAGGGCAACCAAUUGAGGAAGAGGAAACGUUGAUGAUAAAAGUAAAGCCAGGGUGGAGAAAGGGGACGAAGAUAACAUUCGAAGGAACAGAGAACAAGAGGUCAGGCAGUUACCUAGGUGACAUGUCGUUCGUGAUAGCUGAGAAGCAACACGCAUACUUCAAAAGAGAAGGUGAUGACCUGGAGCUAACCGUGGCGAUCCCUCUACUAAAAGCACUAAUUGGUUGUACCAUUUCAGUGCCUCUAUUGGGAGGAGAAACAAUGAGUUUGGAGACAAACAAUGUCGUUUGGCCCGGUUACGAGAAGCUCAUUAAAGGUCAAGGCAUGCCUAAACAUAAACACGAAGAUAAGAGAGGCAGCUUGAAAGUAAAGUUUUUUGUUGAGUUUCCAACCGAGUUAACCAAACAACAACGAUCGGAUCUUUUUCAAAUUUUACAAGCUUCUGACUAUCCGAAUUAAAAGAAAAUGGAUUUAGGAAAUCACUAUAUGACUUCUAUUUCUUUUUUUCAAUGGCUUGUAAAUUAUGUUUUGGUUUCAUCCAUUUAUCUGAUCUAAUUAUAUAAUUUAGGUAUCACUAAUGUUUGUUUUUACUCGAGAAGAUUAGGGAUUUUGUUUAUAAUGCUCAUUCUCAUAGGCCCGAACCCUAACUCUCCCCUUCGGUUGGUUUAUAGGACUCUUCUUCCUAAUCCCCAUCGCUACUUCUCUCUUGCACUUCAUAGAGGAUUGUGCUUGUUUAACUCUUACUUAUGUGAAUGGAUCUUACUUAAUUAUUUAAGUU